CUGAGUUGUGUGUCGUCAGCGAUUGAAUUCAGAGAGCUACGGAGAAAAUCGAUGUGGUGUCAAAUAGCAGACGGCGCUGUUAAUCUCCAAAUGUGUUGUUAAUCGACUCACUUCGUUCGAUAUCGGCAUCAUUGUCAAAUCGGUGUUUCGCACAAAACAAACACUGCAAUCGAAGUUGUAGCGGACCCACAAUUUUGGAAAAGUUAAUUUUGUGUGUUUUGAAUUUUACGCCAAACGAGAAAGAGAAGAAGAAAACAAUGGCAAAAGCAACAGAGGAUUUCUAUUUGCGUUACUAUGUUGGGCACAGAGGUAAAUUCGGUCACGAAUUCUUGGAGUUUGAAUUUCGGCCGGACGGUAAAUUGCGAUAUGCCAACAAUUCCAACUACAAAAAUGAUACAAUGAUCCGGAAAGAGGCAUACGUUCAUCACACGGUCAUGGAAGAGCUGAAGCGGGUUAUUGUCGAUUCGGAAAUUAUGCAGGAGGACGAUUCAAUGUGGCCGCCACCAGAUCGUGUUGGUCGUCAGGAAUUGGAAAUUGUGAUUGGUGACGAGCACAUUUCGUUCACCACAUCAAAAACCGGUUCGCUUGUCGAUGUCAAUCAAUCCAAAGAUCCAGAAGGUCUACGUGGUUUCUACUAUUUGGUACAAGAUCUGAAGUGCUUGGUUUUCUCGCUCAUUGGACUUCACUUCAAAAUCAAGCCAAUUUAAAUGUGACGACAACGAUGACGACGAUAACAAACCACACAUACCAUUUUUUUUUCUCUCUCUCUUUAAUUUAUAGAUAAAAUUUUGCAUUUUUCCGAAUUUGCCAAUUACUUUUUUUCUUUUCUUUCACACAAAAUAAAUCGACAUGAGAAAAAAAAAUCCAAAACGCAAACAAAA